UCGGAAGGAUAGACAGGACCUUUCGCAUUUCAACGAGGUUGUCCCACCCUGCACGAGCUUUUUUUUCGCCAGGGACCCCUCCAUUCAAGCUCGCCGAAACCCGACUUCUCGGGCUCCCCUCCAUUUCUGGAGAAUUGGAUAUCCGGAGAUUAAGCCGGACGACUGACGAUAUAUCCGGUUGUACCCGAGUCAUUCGAACUCGCCAGCCGUACAAACUGAUUGAUUGAUCGAUCAAUCAAAGAAAUCUCCAAUCAUGGAGAGCAUCAAAAAUUGGUUCGCGGACAAAAAGUCCCAAGUCGUUAUGUUCAGCUCCACAGCCAUCGCGCUGUACGGGUACGACCAAGGGCUGAUGAGUCUGGUCAACACAAACGAGGACUACCUCGCAACGAUGGGCAUUUCCGAGACAUCCUUCCAAGUCGGUCUCAUCGUAGCAGUCUACUAUCUCGGCUGCUCCAUCGGCGCCGUGUUCUUCUCCUGGUUCGCCGACAAGUACGGCCGCAAACCCUCCCUCUUCGCCUGUCUCGCGACCGCAUCCCUCGGCAAUGCACUCAUGUUCAUUGCCGGUCUGGGCUUCAACACUGGCGCCUUGGCUGUCAUGUACGCCGGCCGUGUGGUCAUGGGACUCGGCGUGGGCGGCAUCGACUCCGUGGUACCGGUGUAUAGCAGUGAAUUGAGCUCCGACGACGCGCGAGGUAAAGCGUUGGCUCAAGAAUUCCAGUGGAAUAUCUUCGGCUUGAAUAUGGCGUUUGCCAUUAACUUGGUGGCGACCGUGCAUCUGGGGAAGAGCAACGAGUGGGCGUGGAGAAUCCCGAUUAUUGCCAUGCAGGUGUAUCCGAUUGGUCUGUUGUGCUUCAUCCAAGCGCUGCCAGAGUCUCCAAGGUGGUAUGUGUCCAUGGAUCGGAAGGACGAUGCCACGGAGAGCUUGAAGCAGAUCAUGGGCGAUGAAGACGCGAAGAAGAAGUGCGAUGAGCUGGUCGAAGCCAAGAAGGAAGAGAGUGACGAGAACGUCGGGUACAAGGAAAUGUUCACUCCCGGCCAUGCCCAAUUCCACCCGACCGUCUUGACAAUCAUGGGUCAAGUCAAUCAAGCAUUGACUGGUUAUGGAGCCAUCUCCGUCUACGGCCCCCAAAUCUUCGAACUCCUCGGCUACGGCACCCGCCUCUCCGAGUACCUCACCCAAGCCAACUACGUCUCCUACUUCAUCCUCAUGACCUUCGCCUGGCUACUCAUCGACGCCGUCGGCCGCCGCGCCCUCCUGCUCAACGGCUCCGCUGUGCUGACAAUCUGCUUCGUCCUGCUCACCAUCUUCGGCGGGCUCUCCUACAACCACGAAGAACUCUCCAUACCCGUCAACGCCUCCGCCAUACCCGGUAUCGUGAUCCUGUUCAUUGCCACGGGGGCAUUCGGGAUCGGCUGGUUGGCUCCCGUGUGGUUGAUCCCGACGGAGAUAUACCCUACUUCCGCUCGUGCUCAGGGAACGGCGGUGAGUGUGAUUAUUUGGGGACUCGCGAAUUUCGCCAUCACGCUGGUCACGCCGUUGCUGUUCAACAAUAUUCAAUACUGGGUCUUUGCAGUGUUCGCGGGCACGAAUCUCUUCGCGGGAGCGUGGACAUUCCUCUACUGUCCAGAAACAGGCGGAAGGUCGUUUGAGGAGAACCAGGAGUUUUUCGAGGACGCGAAGAAGGAGGAGUCGUGGAGGGUGGCGAAGGUGGCGAAGGGCGAGUACAGAAACCUGCCGUAUCCGAAGCCGGAUGGGGAGGACGGGGAGAGUCAGCCGCUGUUGCAGAGGGUGAGGGAUCAGGUUGUCGAGUAGAUGGGAAGAUGAGAUUCGAGUCUGGGUUGAGGCGGGGUAGUGGUAUCGACAGCGAGUUCGGGAUUAAAAGGUCAUGGUCGAAGACAUGUCCAUACCAUUGUUCAACAGUGUGGUAUAUAGAAGCAGACUCAGCAUGUAAUCACCUCCUUUCGAGCACAUAGGUGCGGCACUCUGUUUCCUUUCAAAAAGCGCUACAUCAACGCCGCGCUAAACCCACAACCCCUAAUCAAACGCUCAAAUCCAAGACUGCUGCGGCUGUUGCUGCUGCGGUUGCGCACUCGCCGUGCCCGGCCUCGGGAAAACAGGCAUAGUUGGCAGCUGCUCCAACCCACCCAUGGUAGCCUGUGGCGCAUUUUGCCACCCCUGGCCCGUCUGCUGAUUCACAAAUUGAGAUUGUCGAAAAGGAUUCGUACUCCCAGUGUUUUGGACUUGCAAUGGAGCAGGUGCGGG